GCAAACCGGACCUUCAUAUGCAGUAGCCGAAACGCUAUUAGUUCAGGAAUUUCAGCAACUUUCGACUCCAGAUGGCAACUUAUUAGGAGAAAAUGUUUAAAAUAUUAUUCAAUUAAGAAGAAGAAGUAUCAACUAGGUGACAAGUGUAUGUGGUAAGGUUGCAGCACAGUCACUCUAAAGGAACAGUUUACGGCAUCUUAAGGACAACAAAAUCACCAUGAGGAAGAAAAGAGGCAGACAAUUGCCUGUAACAGCUGACUUUAAAAUAGCUGACUCAUCAGAGCCAGAUUCUGCUAAAACUGCUGACUCAUCAGAGCCAGAUUCUACAAAAAUUGCUGACUCAUCAGAGCAAGAUUCUGUAAAACUGUUGCAAUCAUCUCUGGCAGAUUAUGCCAAAAACUGUGAGUCAUAUGGUACAGAGAAUUCAAACAUGAACUAUAGUGCUGUGUCUCAAUCUACCGGUAAGUUGCUCAAUAGAACAGAAGUGGUGGGUCCAAAGACUUCAGACACCAAGGCCUCAGAAGUUGCAAGGAAUGAGGUUCCUGUAAGUAUUAAUGCUGCUUGUUCUGUAACAGUAGACAGUGCGACUGAGUCAGUACACACAGUAAAACAAAAGGAAAAAACAAACUUUGGACUUGUCGACAUACUGGACCUAACAGAAGAUAACACGGUAAAUAUGACCAUAGAGACAUCGGUAGGGAAAACUGUUGAGGCUAAAAGUUUGACCAGUGUACCAGAAGGGUCAACUAGUGUGACAGUGGCUACAACUAAUAUAUCUGAUUUACCAGUUAAGGCAGCAGAUAUGACAGUCGAGGCAGUUGAUUCGGCAUUAGAAAUACCUAAUGUGAAAGGAACCUCGAGCAGUGAGGCUUUUGGGACAGCCAGUUUAACAGGACCAGUUGAUGUGACAGCUGGAACACCAGGCUUUGAAACAGUUCCAUCAGAAGUUGUUACAAAGACAUCAGAAAAUGUUGAUGAGAAUAACAGUUAUACUUUACUGGAUUCUCCAUACAGAGCGCAGCUAGUCGACUUUGACUCAAAACUUCCAUGUACACCAGAUCCACAGAACCCAUUGAUGAAGAAUUUGUUAAGCCCUCUCAGACAAAAGAAAGCUAUGUUGUCUGUUAGCCCAUCAUAUUCGGUGUUUUGUGAGAAUAGUACUGGAUGCAUACCAAGUACCGUUACAACUCCAGAUAUACAGAGAAGUGUAAUUGACAGACAAUUGGACCAACUGUGUAAUACAACAGAACAAACUUUACCAGCAGCUAAUAACUAUUUACUUGAUAAUGGUGGCAGUAAAGUGCCUGCAAAACAAGGUCAACCGUACUUAGAGAACAGGUCUGGCGAUGUAGUGUCUCAGAAAGGAACUUACAACUUGAAUCUUAAAAACAGUGAAGCAAACAAUCCUACACAGACAUAUGUGGUGCCAGAUGGUUCAAAUUUUUGUAGUGGCAGUAGAAUAGAUAGGUCAGUACCACUUUCAAAUGCACAGAAUGAAACAUACUCUGCCACUAAAGUUGACAUGGAUGGCUUAUCACACCCAUCCAAAUGUGGCACAAGUACUGAAAGUUGUGAGGAAUUUGUGCAAAUGGGAGGCAAACAAAGAAAUUUAUCAGACAGUUAUUACUCCACUGGUUACCAGACCUUGGUACAGCCUAUGAAUGUUGCGACUUAUACACAGUGUCAAAAUUAUAUAACUUGUCCAUCUGUGAACCAAAACACAUUUUUUUCACCAAGUGUUUACAGUCAAGAGGGAGCUAAUCCUAUUGAUGCAAAUGGUAAUUUAUCUUACGUCAGCAGCUGCCAAAUGCCUAUAUCUACCCUAAAUUGUGUCGACUCCAGAUUAGCAAUGUAUAAGGACAGUGCUAUGUCUUCAGCCUAUGAGCCUUUGGACGCCAGCCACCAAAGCUUUAGAAACAUGACUGAUAUAGGCAGAGAUCUUGCACAAACAAAUGAAAAUUUUAGUCAGUAUUUAGGCAUAAAUAUGCAUAAAUCAACUGGCUGUACAACUGAAUUGAGUGGAAUCACAAACGGUGCAAGUUUUAGAACUGCAAAUGGACACUACCCAAGUUACAUUACUGAUAAAGUUGUAGACAGUAAAAAUUGUAUGUCAGUACCUGCCACAAUCUUAGAUGUUCCAGAUAUGGCAAAUGGUCUGCAGGUGUUUAACUGCAGAAACGUUGAAGCAAGAAAUGUGUUGGAUAAUCAGAAAAUUGAAUCACAUAAAGUUUUAACUAACGCUUACAAUAGAGGAAACAAAGUGUUUGACCUCACCCCCAGAGGAACUAGUGAAGUGAUAAAUCUUGUUAACAAUGAAACAAAUGAAGUUAUAAAUCUUGUUAAUGAAACAAAUAAAGUGAUAAACCUUGUUGACACUGAAACAAAUGAAGCGAUUAAUCUUGCUGACAGUGAAAGAGGUGAAGGGAUUAACUUUGUUGAUAGUGAAAGAAGUGAAGUGAUAAACCUUGUUGACAAUGAAAAAUGUGAAGGGGUUAAACCUGCUACCAAUCAAACAAGUCAUAUGGUAGGUCACGUUAAUAAAGAAAUGAGUAACUUGUAUAACUAUUCUCUGUAUGAAACAAGUGCAGCUAUAAACAAUGCUAGCAAGGAAGCAAAUGAAGUUUUAAACAACAAACAUUUAGAGCAGGUUAUAGGUGAUGGAAGAAUACCUAAUCGGUUGACGAUUUUGAAACAACUGGGAAAUGUUGUACAAGAAGGUGCCAAUGUUAAGACAAAGACCAGUUUGUGUGAUUUUCUCAAAAGAGGUGGUUCCAAAUUAAGACCUGAUGUAAGUAUUUCCCAAGAGGAAAGAUCUCCAAGGAUAAGCAGACCACGUUCACGUAGAAACAACAGUAGUUUUGAGAAGCCCCUCCUUGCUCCAGGACCUUCUGUGUACACUUUCACCUCACCCAGUGAUGCUCAUCUUAUGCACCAAAAUAUGGACCUUCAGCCACUUGAACAUUUUCAGAAAAGGGAUGGAACUAUGUUUUUAGUGAAUAAAGUGCUGGAAAAGAAUUGUCCUAGUCAGGUUGUUGAAAUAAAAUAUUGUGAUUGCCCAAUCUCUGAGGGAAUGGAUGUUCCAGUUGAACAAGUUUUUAUUCGUGAUGGUCAAAUGUAUCAGUUGCCAGAUGCCAAUAUUGUACGAAUUGGAAAAUUUGAAUUUUAUGCUUUCCUGAAAGAUGGAUUAUUUUGUAUUCCAGUGGGAAAUUUCAUUCGUGUUGUUGGCAGAGAAGUCAGAAGCUUGUUUGCUAGUGUGAUAGAUUUGAAGAGUCUUAACCUACACAGCCUCACUCCAGAUGAAGUUUGUUUGUUAGAGCAGAAAUGUAAAAAUUAUUUCGAUAGUUCAAACAAGGAUCUUAUAGACUUAGUCAGUAUUCAGAAAAUUUGUCUAGAUUUAUUGAAUUUGCGUCCUGAUAACAUAACACUGAAAAUGCUAGCCUUUAGCAUUCCCUGCCAGAGGCAGUUUGGAUCACAUGUGCGAUGUUCUAAAUGUGGUCUUCCAAAAAGGGGCCAGGGUAAAGACAAAAGAUAUGUACCCCUUGCUAAGACUGGGAAUCACACAGCUAAAGUAGCAGCAACUGUAGGAACAUUGAAAAUAGGAGAGGAUGAGUUCACUUCAUUUGAACUAAGCAGUGGAACUUACGUUAGUUUUAAAGAUAUAGUUCAAAAUAAGAUUAUGUCACUAUCAGUCUUGCAAGAGCGGAUGAAAAAGAUCAACAGCAAAGCUAUAAAAGCUCCAAAAGGUAUUGAAGAGUACUUCUUUAUGCAUUCAUGUCUUGUUGACAAUACUUUAUGGAUUGACACUGUGACACUACGGUGUUUAGUUUGCAUGAGUCCAUUUGGGAGAAUGGCUUCAAAACAUGCGGGCAAGAUUGCACGAGGUGAGUACAGCUAUGAGCCAGCUUAUAACCUGCUUUGUGAAGACACUUCUAAAUUAGAAAAAGUGUUUGCAAUAAAUGCAAAGAAACUGACAGUCGAGGAAUAUAACAUUGAGGACAGACUAUGCAAUACAAAGUUGCCAUUCAUUCUUGCUAUGACUACAAAAAAACGUGCUGAAUCAGUAAAUAGUAAAGUUGAUAGUACAACAGGAAGUGUUGAAACAAACAAGGAGACAGUAAAGUCAGUUCUGGAAGACAACCCAGAGAAACAUGUGCAGGUUGAAGAAGCAGGGUCCAAUGCUGAUACCACAUGCCCUGGUACAUAUGAAGACUUAAGAAAGGAACAGGUUGAUAGUUUACAAGGUGAUGAUAAUAGUGAAGAAAACCUGAAUUGUAGAAUGAAUCUUAGACCAAGAAAGAAAAAAGAGAGUCCUGUCGUAAAAGACUUUCUUAUGAUUUUUUCAAGUUCUGCAGAUGAUGAUGAACACUUUGAAAGUAAUAGUGAAUCAGAUUAUAGUGGGAGUAUAAAUAAGAAACAAAAUAAGGAAAAUAAAGCAAAGAAACAAAGUGGUUCAGAUGAUAAAGUUGUUCUGAAAGCAGGUGACUAUAUAAUAAGCGACUAUGAAAAUUUUUGUAAGAAGUUAGAUGCAGGUCUGAUUGUUAAGAGAGAUAAUGGGGAUGCUUUAGUUGGACUUAACAGUGAAGAUAAACAAGCAACUGCUGUAUUAGAAGAGUCAUUGGAAGAAGAGCAACAUGAAAAGGAGGAACUUUGUGCUGAGACUGUAAAGUCAGCCGAGCUGAACUUACUAAACCAGGCAGUACAGAUGUCUAGAAUAAGCAGUUCAGACUUGGAACAAGCUAACAAAUUAAAUGAAGUUAAACAUGAAUGCCAACAUUUUGAAACAAUGAACAGCAGAAGUGGUUACUUAGUUUUUGAUGGUAAUACGAAAAUUGAAGUAAAUAUAGAAGAUAACUAUAUGUCAGCACGUGACAAUGAAGUGUGUUUGGAAAAUCCGAUCAGACAGGUCUCUAAUGGCUUGAAUAAUCUUGAAAAAAUGGUUAAUAAUGAUGAGAUAAGUGACAGACCUUUUCCAGACAGAGACGAACUUAACCAAACAAUUAGUGAUGAAAAUACCUGUUUAAAAUUAGAAACUGCAUGUGAUUUAAAUGCAGGUGAAGAAGUCAAUGGAAAGCACAAUAAUGAUACUGAAAUGAUGACUGCUUCUCGCUUUAAAAGCAGUGACAGAGAACUUCUAUCUUGUGCAGACUUAAAAAUAUACAAUAUGGAGGAAGAAGAUGAGUCAAGAAUUUGUGAAAAUACAUGUAUGACAAAAAUGAUUGAAAAUCAUAGAAGUGUAGAUGCUCCUGAUGUUGUAUUAAAAACAAAAGAAAAGGUAGGUGAAUGUCAUGAAAGUACUAAAAAAGGUAACAGGGAAAUGCCAGUUGCAGGUGUCAGUACAUAUUCUGAUACUGUAAUGAAUAUUAAACAAGAAAAUACAGAGGACUUUUGUGAAAAUAAUGAAGCCACUGGAGAAAAAUCUGAAAGGUCAAAAGGAAAUGAUGGGGAGAGGGUGAACAAUGACACUAUUGAAUUUCAGAUAGAGCAUCAAGAAUUAACUAAGAAUUGCAGACCAGAGAAAAGCCCUGAAAAAGCUAGAAUCAGGUCACCAAAAGAUGGUACUUUCGGGAAAAAAAACAAGGUUCACAUUGAAGUGAAACUACAAAUAGAAGUGUCACCAAAUGGUAGAAGAACCGAUGUUUGUGAAGGGUUGUCUUCUAAAACAGGAAUGUCCAAGGAUGGUAGAAAAACAAAGGAACAAGAGAGAGUUACACCUGAAACAGAAAUGUCCCCAGAUAGGAGAAAAAACAAGAUUCAGGAAACUGUGACACCUGAAACAGAAAUGUCCCCAGAUAGAAGAAAAAACAAGAAUUUGGAAACUGUGACACCUGAAAAAGAAAUGUCCCCGGACGGUGCAAAAGACAAGAUUUACACAGCAGUGACAUCUGAAACAGAAACUGAAACAGAAAUAACCCAAUGUAGUAGAAAAUCCAGGGAAUGCAAAGGAGUGGAACCACAAAUAGGAAUGUCCCCAAGUGGAAGAAAAUCGAUAACUGAUGAAGAGAAGCAAAAAGAAAUGGAGACAAAUAUAAAAAGAUAUCUUGUGUUCAUGUAUGUGAAAGAAGGACCUAAUCCAGGUUUCAGGGUGAAGAAAUUCCAGAAAGGAGCAGAACAGAUUUUCCCUGAUUUAUUUCUGCCUGACCCAGAGAAUCCAGAAACAAAACGUAGAAGAAUCAAGUUUAUGAUAGCUGCUUCCAAAUACAUGGAUGAUAUGUUUAGACAGCAUAGGCUGCAAAAACAACAACAACUGCUUGAAAAAAGAAAACAAGAAGAAACAAAUCUUGUGAAAUCUGCUACUUCUGGUGUUAAUAUGGUAGACAGUGCAUCUGAAGCUGAAAGAAAAACUGAUUCCAGAGGUAAACAGGAGAGUGUUUUAGUUGAUGGUGACACUGAGAAGGAAGGUUAUAUUGAGAGUUCUUGUGGUACAAGUAUUGCUUCAAUCACUGAAAAAGAAAAUUCUGUAGAUAAAAUAAAAGAAGCAAUGAAUGUUGACAAAGAAUGUGGUUCUAAUGUUUCCUGUAAUAGUAAUAUUGAAAAAGUUGUUGCUGUGGGAAACAAACAUGAAGAUAAGGUUAAAGAAACUUUGGAAAAUUCUAGUGGAUGUUUCAGUGAUACUGUUAGUAAACAAAAAUACAGAAAUGGUUCAGAAAGUGUAAGUAAUUCUGGUAGAACUUCAUCUGACUAUUGUGAUAGACAAAGAAAAGGGGAAAAGCAAAAGAACAUUGCUCAAGAUAUAGCAUGCUCCUCUAAAAAGUCAAAAUUAGAGACUGUUGAUAGAGCUAAGUCUGAAUUACGUGAAAACAAAAAAGAAAGAUGCUUUUCAGUUAAAACAAGGAGUGAUAAGGGAAAGGAAAGUGCAGAUAUUUCUGGACCAGCUGCAAAGAAAACAGACAAUGAAAAGUGCAGUAAAACAACAAGUAAAAGGAAGGAUGAAGACGAGUUGGGAAACCAAAUUGCUGCUCUAGAUAAGGUAGCACAUGUAAAGGUAGACAGUGUGCUGCAAAAAAAGCAUAGUACAGAAACUAAGCUUGACAGAAAUGGAAUUCAUUGCCAGACUAAUUAUAAAGGUACAUUAAGUGGUACACAAGUUGUUGUGAAUUCAAACAGUUGUCAUUGUGAUACAAAGCAGAAAAAGAAUAGAAAACUGAAAAGCAACAACGUAAAUGAACAGAGGAGAAAAACAAGAAGCAAUAGUGUAGAUGAACCAAUAGAGAAAGAAUUGUUGCAGUCUCAUUUGACAGGUAGUUCAAGAAUAGACAAAUACUCAUAUAGAAAGAAGAAGAAAAGAGCUAAUGAUACAAGAGACUCACUAAAUACGACUAUAAAGAGAAACUGGGAAAACAGUAUGAUGGCUGAAGGCAAGAAAUUCAAACUUUCUGAAUGCUACGUUCAGUUAAAAAGAAUAAAGCUGUUGGAUGAUGCUGUAUUAUUGUCUUGAUUUCAUUCUGUUCAAGUGUAGUGUAAUCCAAUAUCGCUAAUCAUAUAUACUGUCUUCAUGUAUAGUAAAAGCCAAAAUAGAUGCAAUAUUUUGUAAACCAAAGUUAUGGUAAUGUUGUUGUUUCUGAUUGGUUAAUUAUUGGUUAUUGUCAUAAUUUUAUUUUUUCAUUUAUUUUAUCAAUGUUAAAGAUCUGUUGUAGAAGCCGAUUCAGGCAGUUUGUAUUUAGUGGUUGUAUUUUGUUUGUAUUUUGUGUUUGUAGAAAGCUUUUUAAGUUUAAGUUGUUUUUGAUACUAUACAUUGUUGUGGUCAGUUUUUGGUGGAAGAAUUUUUAAAGGGGCAAUUAGAGCUCUUCAUUUUUAUUAUUCUUUAAAAGAAAAUGAUGAACAGUAUUAUAGUAGUGAUAUCCAUUAAUUUUGUUAUAAAAAGUAUUUCUUGCUCUAGCUUUUAUCGUCAUGUCAUUUAUAAUGGGGAGGUGGGUAUGUUAAGUUACACAUACCUGUGUAUAUGUUCAAAACUCAUAGUGUCCAUGUGGGAAUUGUUCAUGCCUGGUAUUUUCCAAAAUAACUUUUCACACUGCUUAAGAUUCUAGGUCUUGGUUGGCUACUUAAUUUGGUUUAUUUUCCGAUAUAAACUAGUUUGAUAAUUGUUGUUUUGUUUGUGACCUAAAACUUUAUACUACAUAGCUGACAUCUGAUUCAAAUCAGCCUCAUAAAUUGAACUGAAAGGCCAGAGUCAGGUCUCAUAAAGAGUGCUAAAAAUUUAUACCAUUCUCUUGUCAGGUCAGUUAUUUCUGUUUGCAUCCCAUUUUUAGGACUUGGUAAUAUUACACCAUUAUUUGUACUUUGUGUCCUACAGUUUACAUCCAAUUCAAAUGAAACUUGGUAUACUUCACCAACAUCAAGCAGAAUUGCUCAUACUGUUUGGGCUUUCAUGUCUGAUGGCUGUUUUUUUAGUUAUGCCAAAUAAUAUAACAAAUAUAAUUGUACAUUGUGUUCGUUCUACAGUCUCCAUCUUAUUCAGGUUUAACUUUGAAUUUUCAGCAUGAUGUGGACAUGCACAUAUACAAGUAUAUGGGAGUAUUAUAUAUCUGGUUACUUUUUACGAAGCCCUUUUUGUGCCUUAAAUUAUUCUAUCAAGCAUUUUCAGGGGCAUUUGUUAUACAUUGUUGACACUAGUUUUAUUACGCAAUUAUAAAUGAAACUUAUUUGAGCCUGGCAAUGAGAAAACCAACAUAGUGCGUUUGUGACCAGAAUGGAUCCGGACCAGCCUGCGCAUCCACGCAGUCUUGUCAGCAUCCAUGCUGUUCGCUUUCAAAGGCUAUUGCAAUUAGAAAAACUGUAAGUGAACAGCAUGGAUCCUGGCCAGACUGCGCAGAGACGCAGGCUGGUCUGGAUCUAUGCUAGUCUCAAAGCCAUUAUGUUGGUAUUCUUAUGGCGCGGCUCAAUUUUGCUUGUAAGUAGUAUGUAUAUAUUUGUAGUGACUUUUAGUUUGUAAAAAUAUCUGUACGUUUUGUUAAACUAAAGGAACAGGUUUUUAGUGCGCUCUUUCGUUGUGAAAAUAGACACUGUUGUUGUUAAAAGGUUGUUUUUGGAAAAGAAUCAUGCACAUUGAUUAUAGUUUUACAUUUAGUAAGGUAGAUGAUCUCUUAUUGUGGGUGUAUUUUAAUUUAUAUACUGAAGUAUCAGAAAUUUUUGCAUGGCUAUAAUGUUGCUAUAUUUAAAGUUGGAAUUUGAGGUAGAAUACUUGUGGUAUAUGGCCGGUUUGUAGCACAUACAGAGCUACAAAAUAUGUAACAAUAGUAGCACUUUCCCAAGUAUUUAUUUCAGCAAAAAAACAGAACUUAUAAAUGACCUUGUAAAAAUAUCUGAUUUUACAAUAGUAAAUUUUAACAUAAAUGAUUUUAAAUCAUGAUACAGCUUGGUGCUAAAUCUUUCAACAUUUUGUCUUGUAAUUUUUUGUCAAAAGUCUAUGUAUCUUGUUUAUGAAUUAUGUUCCCUUUUUACUUCUUAGAAUUUCUGGCCAUUUUACUUCUUAAAAUUUCUGGCCAAUUUUAGAUUCACUUUUCUUCUGUUAUUAAACUCUGAGUAAAUGAUAAUACCCACAUAUUUCAUUCAGUUGUCCUUUUGCAGGCAGUCAUGGGAGAAUAUAUUUUUACAUGCAGUCUUUGUUACCGUUGAGCUCUUUUUCAUGCUUUUAUAAUUAUUAGUCCCCUACUGAUUGAAAACCAGUUUCGGGGAAUAUAGGAUUGUUCUUUUCUGUCCAUUAGUCUGUAAUUUCGUGUUUGGCCCAUAGCUAUGUCAUUCAUCAAGGAAUUUUAAUAUUACUUGGACAAUGUUCCCCAUGGUGAGACAGAUGAGACGCAGUGUCAUACGCAAAACCCAGACCCCUAUCUCAAAUGUCAAACACUUGGAGGUCAAAGGUCAACAGGGCUUUUUUCCUGUUCGGUCCAUAACUCUGCCAUCCAUGAAGGGAUUUUAAUAUUACUGGGCACAAAUGUACCCCAUAAUAAAACAUGUGUGAUGCUGAACAUUCAGAUCCUUAGUUUAAAGGUCAAGGUCACACUUGGCUGUCAAAUGUUAAUAUGUCAUGAACAGGGUGUGUUUUGUGUCGAGUCCAGAACUCUUGUCAUCCAUCAAGGGAUUACAAUAUUACUUGGCAUAAAUGUUCCCCAUAAUCAGACGGCAUGUUAUGCCCAAACCCAGAAUCCUAGCUGAAAGGUCAAGGUCACACUUUGAUACCAAAUGUCAUCAAGGGUUUUUUCCUGUCUGGUUAAUAAUUUUGUCAUUUUGUUAUGCAAAACAGGAUUUAAAUAUCAGUUGGCACAAAUACUCCCCUGGAUGAGACAACAUGUCAUGCACAAAACAUGGACCAUUAGCUGAAAGGUCAAGAUCACACUAGGAGGUCAAAGGACAACAGGGCUUUUUUCCUGUUGGGUCUGUAACUCAAUAAUCAUUAAAGGCAUUUUAAUAUUACUUGGCACAAAUGUACCCCAUAAUAAGAUGAUGUAUCAUGCACAACACCCAGACCCAUAGCUCAAAGGUCAAGCUCACACUUAAGGUCAAAGGGCGAUAGGUUUUUUUUCUUGUAUGGCCAAUAAUUCUGUCAUCCAUGAAGGGGUUUUAAUAUUACUUUGCACAAAUGUUUUCCAUAAUGAGACGUGUCUUACGCAGCGCCCUUAUCCUUAACUCAAAGGUCAAGGUCACUGUCAGAGGUCAAAGGUCAAUAGGAUUUUUUUCCUUUCUGUUCCAUAACUCUGUCAUCAGUUAAGGGAUUGUAAUAUUACUCAACACAAAUGUUCCCCUUAAUGAGACAAUAUGUCAUGUGCAAUACCCACACCCCUAGUGCAGAGGUCAAGGUCACACCUGAAGGUCAAAAGUCAACAUUGAUCUUUUCCUGUCCAGUCUGUAAAAUAGAUUUGUAUAAGCUAUCGUGUCAUAUUGGCCCAAUUAAAAAAAAUUGUUGGUGCACUUUCUUCAGAAUUACUUCCCUUUUAUAUGAUUUCUUACACUUUUUCUCAUAUUUUCCCACCAAUUUCAAAUAAAAUGUUAUCAAAAUUGAAAUUAAAUACUUUUUGGUAUUUAUAGAUGUUAUGAAACAAUCAUUCUAACACGACUCGAUUUCAUUGCUAGUUAAACAAAGAAAGAGAUCAAGCUCUGUAUAUUCUGCGAUAAACAAUGGUUGACGCUCGGACCGGUAAGAGAGCAUUAUGGCAUCAAUUAUGACGUCAAAUUGCCGCAGGAUGUCCGAUACAUUACUCCUCUGGUAAAUGAAGUCCAGCAUAAUAUUUAUUAAAAUAUUUCAAUGAGCAAGUCAGAAUAAAAACAUUCAAGGCCUUAGACUUGUGGUUUAUCAUGUAAUUUACCACUGUUCAUCAUUCAGAUGCUUCAGUAUUUAACCACUUGGUUCAAUUCUAACCGUGGUAAAUUAGACGACAAACCACUCGAAGGCCUUGAUUAUUUGUUAAACAACUGUAGAUUUUUGUAUGUGCAAAUUUUAAUCUGAGUGUUGUGUGAUAACAUAUUGUAUAUAUAGUACAAUAUUGUUUAUACUUCAUUGACAGAUAUCAGGUGUGUUAUAUUGCUGUAGAGAAAAUUAAAUGCCUUUCAGUAGGGGACUUUGUAUUGCAUGGCAAUACUUCAUUCACUUAUUUAGUGUGUAAUACAUACCAUUGUUGACUUUGGAAUUUGAGAUGGAUUAAAAGCGCUUUUUAGCUCGACUAUACGAAGUAUAAGGAGAGCUAUCCUACUCGCCCCGGCGUCGGUGUCUUUCCGCGUCCCUACCUUGGUUAAAGUUUUGGUGCACUUUCUCUUUUUUCAACUUAUCUCUGUAAUUACUUGAUGGAUUUGAUUCAAACUUGAAAUACUUAUUCCUCGUCAUCAUCCACAUCAUCUGACAUAAGGGCCAUAACUCUGGCACCAAUAUUUAAUGAAUUAUCCCCCCUUUUCACUUAGAUUUUCAGGUUAAAGUUUUGAUGCACUUUCACUCUAUCUCUGUUAUUACUAAAUGGAUUUGAUUCAAACUUAAAAUAUUGUUCAGCAUCAUUACCCACAUCAUAUGACACAAGGUGCAUAACUCUGGCACCAUUUUUUCAUGAAUUAUUCCCCCUUUUUACUUAGAAUUUCAGGUUAAAGUUUUGGUGCACUUUCACUCUACCUCUGUUAUUACUGAAUGGAUUUGAUUCAAACUUAAAAUAGUUGUUUAGCAUCAUCACCCACAUCAUAUGACACAAGAUGCAUAACUCUGGCACAAUUUUUCAUGAAUUAUUCCCCUUUUUACUUAGAAUUUCAGGUUAAAGUUUUAUGCACUUUCACUCUAUCUCUGUUAUUACUGAAUGGAUCUGAUUCAAACUUAAACAAUUGUUCAACAUCAUUACCCUUAUCAUAUGACACAAGGUGCAUAACUCUGGGACCAAUUUUUCAUGAAUUAUUUCCCCUUUUUACUAAGAAUUUUAGGUUAAAGUUUUGAUGCACAUUCACUCUGUCUCUGUUAUUACUGAAUGGAUUUGAUUCAAACUUAAAAUAGUUGUUCAACAUCAUCACCCACACUAUAUGACACAAGCUGCAUAACUCUGGCACCAAUAAUAAAUGAAUUAUGCCCCUUUUUGCUUAGGAUAUACUUAUAUAGUGUUUUGAUACAUUUUAUCUUUACCUCUCUUAUUACUUUAAGUUGAUAUUUUUGACAUAGACACAGGCUAUUGUGCAAUAUCUUCAUCCACAAUUGGAGUCAUUAAACACUCCAGUGACAGCUCUAGUUUCCUCACAUGUGCCCAGUUUCACUACUCAGCAUCAAAAUAGUCGAGCGCGCUGUCUCCUAUGACAGCUCUUGUUAAGACUUGUACUCAUACUUUGUACAAAAUCAGUCCAUCAUCUCCAUUAAAAUAAAGGUUUAAGAUAUUGUAUUUGUAUCCGUGGGAAAUAGAAUUUCAGCCAGAAGCUGCGGAAGAUAUUGCUUAAAUUGUUAAGAUCAACAUUUUUCAUGUGGGAAUAUUUAGCAUUAUUUUAAUGUUUGUCAUGGCGUUAAAAAGUAUCAUUUAGUUGGUAUUUUCAAUUUAUUCUGUCUGAAGAACAAAUUUGCAUUGUUCAUUUCUGUAAUUGAGUAUGUUGGAGUAAGAUUAUUAACUUUGCAACAAGGAAUAUAUGGAGACAUAUUGCUCUCUUACAGCCCCGCAGUAUAUAAACCUGCACAUUGUUCUGGUGUUGUAAGCUAAUUUAAACACAUUUUAUUUUCCGAUAUAUAUGUACAUAAAGAAGUAAUGGGUUGACCAACAAAUUCUCUUAAUAUUAGCAAUGGAUCUUCUCAAUUUUGUAUACUGGUGCUAUGAAGUAACAAACACUUAAAUAUACACAUUGCUGACAGUUCUAUAUCCAGUAUUAUUUUAAGUAACAUUUUAAUUUUAAUUUUCCAUAAGCAGUGAAAGUUACCGCUGUAAGCUAGAUGAAACAGUUCUCGCCCCGAGUAAAAAAACUGAGUAUAGAGUCUGAACUUAAUCUUGAAAUUCACCAGUGGCAAGGUCACAUUCAGAGAUUGGUCUCCAAACACAGUUUUAUAACCUUUGAACCAGUCUUUAGACGCCAGCAUAUGAUUGGUUGACUCUGAGUUCAGUCUAAAAAUUCACCAAUGCCAAGGUCACAUUUAAAGACUGCUCUCCAUACUUAAAUAAUCUUGGAAAAGUCUCGAAAGCUCCAUUGAUUGGUUGACUGAACUCAGUCUAGAAAUUCACCAAUGCCAAGGUCACAUUUAAAGACUGCUCUCCAUACUUAAAUAAUCUUGGAAAAGUCUCGAAAGCUCCAUUGAUUGGUUGACUGAACUCAGUCUUGAAAUUCACCAGUGCCAAGGUCACAUUUAAAGACUGCUCUCCAUACUUAAAUAAUCUUGGAAAAGUCUUGAAAGCUCCUUUGAUUGGUUGACUCUGAACUCAGUCUUGAAAUUCACCAGUGCCAAGGUCAGUCAUUUAAAGACUGCUCUCCAUUCUUAAAUAAUCUUGGAAAAGUCUCUAAAGCUCCAUUGAUUGGUUGACUCAGAACUCCGUCUUGAAAUUCACCAAUGCCAAGGUCAAAUUCAGAGACUGCUCUCUAAACUCAAGUUUAUAUCUUUGAACCAGUCCAGCAUUUGAUUGGUUGACUCUGAGCACAGUCUUGAAAAUCACCAAUGGCAAGGUUACAUUUUGAGACUGGCCUCUCUAAACUCUCUAUUAUAAUUUUGGAACCAGCUUCUUAGAUGUGUUUAAAUGUUCCUGCUUGACUGCACUUAAGGGUCUGCCAGAAUAAAGAAAGGAAACUAUUUAAACAACUUCAAUCUUUUCAUGAGCCAUUUCAUGGAUGUUUACUAAAGUUGGUAAAAAGCAUUCUUUGAGGGUUCUUUGUCAAAAUGAUUUUGUCAGGUAAGCGACUUAAAAUCACUAUGGUCACUUUGUUAGCCAAAAUUGACAAAAGAUAUUUAAGGAGAGCAGUUAUUACAGGUGGAUGAUCAGCCAUCCAUUGUCCAUCAUGUGACAAUGCUUUAAUUUACCUUAACUACUGAUCAGUACAACACCAUCUAACUUUGUCUGUACUAUCCUGGCAUGGACCUCACAAAUUUGUUCAAAUGUUCAUGCAUCAGUGCACAUAAAAAUAUGAUCCAUGAGAGCGAAAAAUAGAAGAAAAAAUUACCAAUGUUGGUCUGUAGCAUCCAUGUAUGGACCUGUCACAAGUUUUUUUUUUAAAAAUCAGCAUGACUGCACUGGGAACCCUCCAGAGCUUAAAUAGAACUAAUCUAAAACAACUGCUCCUCAUGGACAGCUAGAUGGAUGCUCAGCAAAGUUAGUCAGAAGUAUCCUUGCUUGGACCUUAUUCAGAUUUGUUCAGAUGUGUCUGUUUGACUUUAAUUAGGGGCUGCUGGCGAUAAAAUAGAAACAUGUUUUAAACAAUAUCUUCUAUGGGUGACAACAGACUCUGGAAAAAAUAAAGAUUCCCUACAGGAAAAAUUAGGAAAUUUAAGAUAAGAAAGUUGUGAUAAGUUUAUAAGCUGUUUAGAUUCUGUCCAUGCAACAGGUUCUUUUAUUUCUUAAGAGUUGAAUUGAUUACAUGUGGAUUAAGAUUGUCAGGUACACACAUUCACCCUGACAAAUGUGUCUCAGAAAACAACUGAAAUUGUCUACUUGUCCAAAAAGUACUAUACAAAAUGGCGUUGCCCAUGUGACCUUGCCAUGUGAAAUUUUAUAUCAUUUUAUCCAGUGUCAAAAACAGUUCAAGAUUCAAUGCAUGUUUUAAAACAGUGUGUAGCUUUAGAACUCAUCUUUUUCCAAUCUAUCAUGGUUGUGCAACCGAUAUAGGUAAGGGGAGGCAAUAAUAUUUUUACAAACUUGCAUUUCUGAUGCAUUUCAGCUAAAUGUAUAUUUGUCAAUGUAACUAUUUGGCAAACAAGUACAAUAGUAAUUAUAUUCAUAUGACUUCUUAGGUAAAGUAUGUUUAUUAAAGUUAUACAUAUAUGCUGAAAUAACUCUUAUCAUGGUUGGACCACACGGAAAGAAAAUACCUCCAGUGAAAUUCCAACAUGUAUUAAACAGUUAGGGAACAGAAAUGAGCUGCACCAUGAGAAAACCAACAUAGUGCAUUUGCAACCAGCAUGGAUCCAGACCAACCUGGGCAUCCGCGCAGUCUGGUCAGGAUCCAUGCUGUUCGCUUUCAAAGCCUAUUGCAAUUUGAGAAACCAUUGUGAACAGCAUGGAUCCUGACCAGACUGCCCGGAUGUGCAGGCUCUUCUGGAUCCAUGCUGGUCGCAAAUGCACAGUGUUGGUUUUCUCAUGGUGCAGCUCAAAUAAGUGUAAAUGAUCAUUUGUUAAUCUUUCAACCAAAUCCAUUCCUUGAUCAAAAUCUGAUUAACCACCUUUAACAUUGUAAAAUAUUGCAUUGCAUUUUCUUUUAUUUUCCCACCAGUUAGAAACAUGAAAAUGACAUUAAAUAUUUAAAAAAAACAAAAACAACCCAACUGAAAGCAAGUAUGUACCAAUCAUAGAUUUCCGGUCAUUUCAAGCUUAUCUUUUCAUCAAUUAUAUGUCUGUUUGGUGGUAGAAUACAGGUAAAACAUUUUUAGUAUGUUGUCCCUUACCUUGUAGGGGACUGUAUUAAUUAUAUCUAUGUUUUGCAGGAAAUGUUCCUAGGUGUUGGACAUAGGUAACUCAUUUACAAUUUCUUGUUAAUAAAGCCUCACAUUGAUCUAGUCAGGUCCUUUGUCCCCCAAAUGUGUUCAUAUGAAUAAAACUGUCAUUAUAAAUUUUUUCGUCGGGUGCAAUAGUUACAUUGUUACUCCAUUACAUGAAAAAAUGUAUGCAUUUAUCCCUUACCCUGCUAAAUUUCUAUAAAUGGACUUGUCCAUCUUUCAAUUUGGACAGUACCAUUAACUGUUAAAAGAGGUGCUUACCAAAAAGAUAUUUACUGAAUGGCGAACAGUGCAGAUUUUGAUCAGACUGCAUGGAAGUGCAGGCUGAUCAUGAUCUCCACUAGUCGCAAAGGCAAAAUCAGUCGUCUCCAGCAUGAUAAGGCUUAAAGACCAGUCAUGUUUAUUUCUUAAGAAAAUUGGGAUAUUGCUGGGUACCAUUAAAGACCACUUUAGUUUAGUUUUGAUGGCUGAUCACUCAUGUUUGUGUCUUAAAUUGAGCCGCGCCAUGAGAAAACCAACAUAGUGGCAUUGCGACCAGCAUGGAUCCAGACCAGCCUGCACAUCCGUGCAGUCUGUUCAGGAUCCAUGCUGUUCACUAACAGUAACUCUGAUUGCAAUAGGCUUUGAAAGCGAACAGCAUGGAUCCUGACCAGACUGCACGGAUGUGCAGGCUGGUCUGGAUCCAUGCUGGUCGCAAAGCCACUAUAUUGGUUUUCUCAUGGCGCAGCUCAAUUUGUUAUGGAUAUUACCAAGGAAUGGAUAAAAUGUUUAUUUUUUCUCUGUUGAAUACCAUUUAUAUAUUGUUGUGUAUUUUGUAUGACAUUUUGAAUUUUAUUUAAAAGUUUUAAAGACCAGUAUCUUAAAUAGAAAAUAAAGUUGUUACAUGUU